AUGCUAGCUUCAAUCAACGCUAAAAUUAUAUUUGCACAACUAGCGUUACCUUGUUUCGCAAUAUCAACUUGGGCAAAUCUCGCCAUGGUAAAGUCAAGAAAGCCAGUACCAGUGAAAACCUCACUGUACAUGAGAUACUUAUUCCAAGAGAAAGGAGUAAGAGGUAGCCAGCUUUUACAAGCGUUUCCUAAAUACAGCAAAGCCACAGUAUAUCGUCACGUUAAAUUGCCAAUUGAUGACUGCGAACGACACGACAAACGCAAGUACAAUAAAGGACGUCCCAGGAAAUUGACUGUUCGCGAGGAGCGAAACCUGGUGAGAGAAUUGCGGAAAUUAAGAGCAACAAUCGGGUCAUUUUCUGCAUCCAGACUUCGAACAGCAGCGGGUAUACACCUCCUGAGGUUUCACUCUGGACCAUUCGAAGAAGCCUUAAAAGUCACGGGUAUUUUUACUUGCAUUCCCGCAAGAAAGGACUUUUGAAACAAAGGGAUCUAGGACGCCGAUAUCGAUUCGCUUGCAGAAUUAGAAGAUUACUGCCCGAUAACUUCUGGGAAUGCGGUAUCAGCUUCUACCUUGAUGCGACGUCUUUCGUUCACAAAACCAAUCCUUUUGAUCAGGCACGAGCUUGCAAAUCAAUGGCAUGGAGAAAAAGAGGUGAAGGCCGUCUUGCUCUUAAUUGCACAAGUAAAGGAAAAAAAGCCGGUGUGGAAGGAAAAACGGCACAUUUCUUCGUGUCUAUCGCGUAUGGAAAAGGAGUGA